GCCUUUAUUGUAGCAUGAUAUCAUGGAGAGCUCAGACUCCUAAAGGCGGAGUUCCGAAACUCUGCUCAGCAAAGGAUUACGUUCAUUUUUAUAGUUAAAAUAUACGUGACAAAAAGCAUUUACACAAGUACAAAAGUUUCACAGCAUGUUCUAGGCGAUAACCCGAAGCACCUAUCAGCUUAGAAGUUACUCUGCCUGCAGCGUUAGGGUACAUCAUGAAACAAUGAUUCCAAAGAAAGACAAGUUCCCAUGUCUUUCUUUGAGAACAAGCAAGCUAGAUAAGGUUAGUUAGUUGGCAGUUAACCAAGGAUAGACAGCUGUCAGCAGAAAUGGUUUGACCCUUUUUUAAUGAUGCUUUAAAUUUUCUUCCACACUUCAGCAGAGAGGCUCCAGCAGUUCAAGAAAGCUGUUCACCAUCACCUUCUCAAGAACUUUUUUUUUCCCAUUCACUUUUUAGGAUCUGAGUUUUACUAGCCAGAUUACCAUUUUUUCCCAUGCCGAACUACUCAUUGAAGAUGGGGAUGAGCUGCUUUCUUGAACUACUGCAAUCGUUCUGGUGAAGAUACUCCUACUGUGCUGUUAGGUAGAAGUUCCAGGAUUUAGACCCAACAAAGAAGGAAAGCAAAAUAACUGAGGACACUGUGCAACCUGACUGCCAGUGCAAAGAUGAUGGUGUUCUUGUAUGGUCACUGCCUUAUCCUUCCUGGUAGAAGCUGUCAGGUUUGGAAGGUGCUGUCAGAAUUGUCAAGGUUUUAUCAUGGGCAGCAACCUCACCAGACACACAUUUGGCUUCAUCCAGAGCAAACUCUUUCCAUCCUACUUUCACCUUGGAUCUGCCUGUGCUUUCUUUAACUUAAUCAUCUUUGCAAUACAUCAUCCCAGUGAGCUGUUAAAUGAAGAGGAGACAUUUCAGAUUAUAAUUUUGUUCAUUUGUGUUACUUUUGCUGCACUCAAUGCUCAAUGGUUCGGGCAGAUAACUUCUGAAAUUAUGGCUGACAUGCAUCUGAUUGAAAAGAGCUGUGGGCUUGGACAGGACAUUGGAUUGUCAACCAACAGAGAGGCCUACAACCAGCUGAAAGAAAGUAACCCCAAAUACAAGGCCUUUUCAAACCAACUUGCACUGUAUCACAAUGCCUCAUCUUUAUGUAAUCUGUGUUGUCUCAUUUGUAAUGGGAUAAAUUUGUACUAUAUGGCAACCAAUUUAACCAAGUUAUAAAGAUGGUAAGAAUAAAAUACUUGGACAAGUUUA